AUGAUAAACAAAUACCAUCAGAGCAAAGCCCCAGACUCCAUCAAGGAAAAGGAGUCUACUGCCGCAUUUUCCCCCGAAGAUGUGAAGGUGGUUUUCGUUCUCGGAGGACCUGGUUCGGGAAAGGGAACACAAUGUGGCAAGCUUGUUGAAGAAAAAGGAUUUGUUCACUUGUCUGCUGGUGACUUGUUGAGAGCUGAACAGCAGAGACAAGGCUCCAAAUACGGAGAAUUGAUCGCACAGUGUAUCAAGGAAGGAACCAUCGUGCCCCAAGAGGUUACCGUUGCUUUGCUCAAAGACGCAAUUUCUUCUCACGUCAAAAAGGGAGACAAGCGCUUCUUAGUCGAUGGAUUUCCCAGAAAGAUGGAUCAAGCCUUGACCUUCGAAAAGGAAAUCGUGAAAUCGGCCUUCUCCCUCUUUUUCGAAUGCCCUGAGCUGGUCAUGCUCGAAAGACUUUUGGAAAGAGGUAAAACAAGUGGCAGAACCGACGACAACAUCGAAAGUAUUAAAAAGAGAUUCCGUGUCUUCAUCGAAACCUCGAUGCCUGUCGUGGACCACUUCGACCAACAGGACAAAGUCGUGAGGGUCAAGUGCGAUGAACCGGUCGAUGUCGUUUCCGAGCACGUCAAAAAGGCUUUCGAGAGCAGAGGCAUUAACUAA